UAAAAAAAUCUGAAACAGUUCAUGAUGUUGCUUUUAGCAACUGGGUUGAGGCGAUUCAAAAAGUUUGGGAUAGGCACAAUCAAGAAAAUCGAAACAGAAUGACUGAUGCUGACUUAGAAGAAAUUGUAGAAGCGGGAAUGAAAAGAAAAUCUAGUGCUUCUUUAUAUGACGAUUUCACCAUCCCAAUUCCUGAU